AUGCAGCAACAUCUUCUGACCUGCUUUAAAUGCCCACAAGCCGUAAAAAAACAAAUUAACGAUGUCAAUAACUCACAAUCCAACUUAACACCAGAAUCCACAACCACUUCAUUGAACUCGGAGAACACAUCAACCGAGAAUAUUAGAGAUUUAAGAGAAGAGUUUGCGAAGGCUCUAUUAAUCACGGGAACACCCCUAGCAAUGGUAGAACACCCAUUGUGGGUAAAAAUUUUUGAAAAAUUAAAUAUUAAAUUGCCUAAUAGAAAGUCUAUUGCAACUAAAUAUCUAGAAAAAAUAUAUAAAGAGAUGAAUAAAGAAAUCAGUGAUGAUUUAAAAGCAUCAAAUUUUCUACACUUGCAAUGCGACGGCUGGACUGAUGUUUGCAAUGAAGGCAUUAUAAAUUUUUUAAUAUCCAAGCCAGAACCUGUUUUUAUAAAAAGUCAUAAUCGGCACACAAGUGAGUAUUUAAGUUGUGAAACUGAAAAAGUAAUGAAAUCUUACGGAGUGAGUAAAUUUGUGGUCCUUAUUGGAGACAACGCACGAAAUGCCCAAAAGUCAUUCGAAACGAUAAAAGACAAAUACCCACAUAUUGUGCCAUUAAACUGUGCUGCUGACACUCUGAAUUUAUUGUGCGUUGAUGUAAUAAAAGCACCCGAAGUUAAAGCUUUCAUAAAUCUCGCAACAGAUGUUAUUAAAAAUAUUAAAAAAAGUCAAUUCUUAAGUGCUUUAUUAAGUAAAAUUAGAAAAGAAAAAAGCUCUAGUCAGAGUCUAAAAUUAUCCUGUAAGACAAGAUGGGGCAGUCAUGUCAGUGCACUAAAAAGUCUGAAAAUUAAUAAAGCUGCACUACAGACUUUAGCUGUUAAUGAAAACCUUCAGCCAACGCCCGAUAUUAAAUCUACACUUUUAGAUGAAGAUUUCUGGUCUAUGAUAGAACAAUUCAUCAGUGUUCUUGAGCAUAUAGCAGAAAGUAUCUAUAAACUAGAAGGCAACGAAUUCAACAUACAUGACGUAUUUAUGGUGCUAAGAAACAUGAAAUCAAAGUUAGAAUUUGUGUUACCAACAAUCACAAUGCUGGAUGACGACAGCAAGGAGAACAUAAAAACUUAUAUUGAAAAACGAGUUAAGCAGUGCAUAAAACCCAUACAUUAUGCGGCCUACAUGUUUGAUCCUAAAUCUGCAGGCAUUGAACUAAAUCAGGCGGAAGAAACUGAAGCCAUGGAACUAAUCUAUAACCUCGCUGAGCAUUGCAACAGUGACUGUCUUGCUGACCUGGCUAAAUAUAAAGCUAAAGAAGGUCUUUGGAGCAAACCAUUUACUUGGAAGGCCGCUGAGAAAGUAAAUCCCAUUUUAUGGUGGAAGGGGAUAUGUGGCUCAAGUCAGUUAAGUAAAGUUGCACUUAGAGUAUUGACUGCACCCUGCACGUCAGCAGCCACCGAACGGUCGUUCAGCACACAGGGAUUUAUACAUAGUGCUAAAAGAAACCGUCUCACAUCAGAAAGAGCGGCGAAAAUAACUUUCUUAUCGUAUAAUUGGAACUUAUUAAAUAAAGGUGAAAACAUUAAUCGUGUUUACAGUGAAGAUACUGUUCCAGAAAGGUCCGACAUGGAAGACACAGAUGAUGAUAUGUUGCACGAUGCUGCCAUGGAGGGUCACAUGCAAGAGGACAUGGAAUCUUCUCUCAGGGAGGAUAUAUGGGAAGAUAUGGAACCAGUAGCUUCAACUUCACAACAAACUAAUCAUAUUGAAUUCGUAAAUAUUAGCGAAUGUUUAUAUGAUACCGAUAGUGAUUAG